GCAGCCUUCACCGUAGGGACGUUUUUACCGUUGCACCACUGAUGUAACUUUCAUUUCCUCAUCGUUAAGGGUCAUACACACGAGAACAGUUCGUAAAGAGUCCAAUUUACGAAGCCGAAACUAAAUACAAUCACUCAAAUUCAUUUUAAUGAUGCUACGGGCGCUGUGUCGGACUGGCGGGGCCCUUCUGCAGCAGACCCAGCGUGCGGCGCCGAGGCUGUGGGUCACCCCGGCCCAGCAGCGAUGGGCGUCCGGCCUCCCCAUGAACACCGUGGUCCUGUUUGUGCCGCAGCAGGAAUCCUGGGUGGUGGAGAGGAUGGGUCGCUUCCACCGAAUCUUAGAGCCGGGUUUAAACUUCCUCAUACCUGUAAUGGACCGAAUUAGCUAUGUGCAAAAUCUCAAAGAGAUGGUCAUCGAUGUCCCGGAGCAGUCUGCAGUAUCUCUAGAUAAUGUAUCGCUACAGAUUGAUGGAGUGCUUUACCUAAGGAUCCUAGACCCUUACAAGGCCAGUUACGGUGUGGAGGAUCCUCAAUAUGCCGUCACACAGCUGGCACAGACCACCAUGAGGUCUGAACUGGGCAAACUCACACUGGACAAAGUGUUCAGGGAAAGGGAGUCCCUCAAUUCCAACAUUGUCCAGUCCAUCAACCAAGCCUCAGACGAGUGGGGGAUCCGUUGCCUGCGUUAUGAAAUCAAAGAUAUUUAUGUUCCCCCUCGGGUAAAAGAGUCCAUGCAGAUGCAGGUGGAGGCUGAGCGUAAGAAGAGAGCCACAGUGCUGGAGUCUGAAGGGACGAGGGAGGCGGCCAUUAACAUCGCCGAGGGUCAUAAACAAGCCCAGAUCCUGGCCUCCGAGGGAGAGAAAGCAGAGCAGAUCAAUAAUGCGUCUGGAGAGGCUCAAGCAGUGUUGGCCAAAGCAGAGGCUAAGUCUAAGGCUAUCCGUAUGCUGUCAGACGCUCUGACCGAGCAGAAUGGAAACGCGGCGGCCUCCCUUAGCGUGGCUGAGCAGUACGUGUCAGCUUUCUCCAAACUCGCCAAAGAGACCAACACCAUCCUCCUGCCCUCCAGCGCCGGGGACAUCAGCGGCAUGGUCACACAGGCAAUGACCAUUUACAGCUCAUUGGCAAAGACGAGCACACAUGUAGUGGAGGAGAAGAAGAGUGAUGAUGAUGGGAACAAACCACAUCAAUAGCAGGACUCAGCGGACACAGAAUGAACUCUACUGACACAGAACCACAAGCAGCUACAGUUAUGUUUUCAGUUAUUGGGACUCCAGGGCAUCGCUGUGAGAAAAGCUUCACACAGCUUCAACUGACAGGACAGAAGGAAAACUGACAACUUUAAACACUUCAGGAAUGUUUUGUCUUGGGGGAAAUCAUGUCCUGUUUCAGAGGAUUUCUAAUCUUCACUGACUAUUCUUUACGUUUAGUUAUUGUCUGAUUGGGAAAUGAACACAUUUUUAGCCAAAUAUACUCACAACAGUGACUUUGGCUGGCUGGCGAGAGGGAGAAAUAGAUGUCAGGUUUUUGGGAUUCACCAGCUUCUGGGUGCAAAAUACUGUCGUGCAGUAAUGAUAUACCAUCAUACGUUAAUUAUUUGUACUUACAUGACCUCAAUUGGACUUAAAGGUUUCAAAAUAUAAUUAAAACACACCAUUUUGUUAAAUGUAUUUGACUUUUGAUACUGAUAUCGAGGGCUGUCUUACAUAAGCUUUCAGGUUUGUAAUAAUGUCUUCAGCCUUAUUGGGACCAGCAGCUUUGAGUUACAUGUGAUGUCUGACUGUUUGCUUCAUAAUGCUGAUAAGUUUUACAAAAUUAAGUUGAUUCACAAAAAGCAUCUCCCUAAAAACAACCCUUAUCCAGUAUCUACUUAUAUUAUUUAACAAUACCUUAUUAGUUCAUUGUAAAUACACAGCUGGCCCUAUAGGAACAAAUGUCCCAUCAUUUUUUUUUUUUUUAUUCACCUUCUAUGUCAUGAGGUUCAUGAAGUACAAGAAACAAAGAUUUGUGAAGUGGAAUUAGACUAAGUACGUUUGAAAAUAUACACGUUAGAAGAAUACUGCAUAGACGAUCCUAAAGAAACAAUUGGACUUCUUCAGAUGUUAUGUUUGGGAACCCUUGACUGUUUAUGAAUGAAAUCUUACAUUAUAAUUAGAAAAAAUACAUUAAAGUUGACCUCCAUGUUAAGGGUCACUUUUUUUGGUUCGCCAAUGUACAAUUACCAUGACAAUGCAAUGUAAAAAAGGUGUUUAAUUUGGUCUGAGUGUCAAUAAAUACAUUUAUAAAUGUU